AUGACCUAUUCUCUGCCGCUGAUCAUGAUCGCUUGCAUGCUUGUGGAAGUAAGUGUUUUUUAUUUUGUAGUAUUUUACAAAUAAGUCUUCUUGUUUGAGGUUUAUCUUAUAUAUCUUCUUUGAGGUUUAUUCUACCAUUUUUAUGUAAAGGCACUGUGUUUACAUUAUCGAUUUUCUACUUUGAACAAACUCAAAAACAAUAUCAAGCUCUCUGAUUUUCAAUUUUUCUGCAAAAUUCAAACUUCACACCCACUAAAAAGCGUGUCUUACGUCCUUUGACCUAGAAUAGAAGCGUCAGUAGACCAGUCAACCAAAAAUGAUUUGUUUGCCUUACGUCCCCUACGGGCUUUCGGCUUUCAUUUUAUCGUACCACUAAGAUUCUAUAUGAUCUGUGGUUUUUAUAAAAAAGUACAAAAGCGUAUACCACAACGUUAGAAAACGCCUACCACAACGUUUUAAAAACCUUUAAAACGUCCUUAUUAAUUGAAGCUUAAACUUAAGCAACUACUACAGUUUAUAAAAGAAAACAUGCAAAAUUUUAACCACAAAAUUUACUGAUGGACACUAUUUUUUAGAUUAAAAUUAACUUGUAUUAUCUAUAAUUAUCUCUUGCACCUCACAUUCCUGUAGUUUUAUAAGUCUUCUGUUUACAGUCUAGAUAAACAGUUGUUAGCAAGUUUUUGCAUUGUAAAUUCGUACUUUUUAACUUGUUAAAAACGUAAUUACUUUGGGUAACGAAUAAAUUACCCGCUUGCCGAUGAGUUGUUUUACAUAAUUUUUUGUGUGAAACCGAGUAGUUUCUGCUAUGUAAUUAAGCAACUCCUACGAAGUUUACCAAAAUCUUAAUUAAAGGUUUGCAUACAUUACUGUGGAGAGAAAACGUACUAUAGUGAAGAGAAAACCGUAGUGUACCAUACCUUUUCGUUUCUCUAGGAACUAAGACGAUAUUUAGACAAAAUUUUGAUUUAAAUCUGUUUUACUAACUAUAAGAUUUAGCAUAGCUCGUAUGACAACAACAAGUUCAAAUAACCACAACUUUCAAUCUAUUUUUAAACUUUGUUUUGAAAAUUAGGAUCUUUUUCCAUUCAUCAUAAAGUGCUGACCAAAUUGUACGCUUAAAAUCGGUACAAGUAUCUUGUUUAACCUUUCAAAGCCAGUUCGUCUAUAAACAUCUAUAAACGCACCAGACAAUCAAAACUUAUUUUCCAGUCUCGUCGUACAAUAAAAACUAACCUACGAUCAAAAAAUAAUACGAACUCCCAUUUCAGCUAUGCCACUCGACGCCGGAACGUUUCUACGCAUCACAGAACAACGACAACAUGAUGCCCAUGUACGUGGAGCGACGCUUGUCCAAAUUCCGCGGUGAACCCGUGCGAUUCGGCAAACGCGCGGCGUACAGGGAGCCGAUUCGAUUUGGCAAGCGUUUCAUGCCCAUCAACCAGAUGAACGGCUACGGACUGAACGCUGUGGAAGGGAACUGA